AUGAAUGGGGACCUGAGCCUUUCUCAGGCUCUGGGCGGACUGCGCAUCGCCAAUCCUGACGAUGCUGCUGAGGCUAUUAACUCAUCUUCGACUUCUCCUCCUGGGCCCGACUCGACGGCUCAGAAUACCUCCAUCUCCGCUUCAACUUCAACAUCCGCCCUCCCCUCUACGCCUCAACCGACAACCACAUCCACCACGCCCUCAUCCUACGAUGCAAUCCGCCUCGACCCUAUAGAUGCCGGUGUUGGAACCUCACUUACCGAUCCUCGUCUUACUCCAUCCGCUCAACCUUCCGACCCUGUCUCCGAUCCAAGCCCCUCCGUAAAUCAUCCCCAGCCAUCUCCUCAAACGGAGCCGUCGAGGUCCUCCGUUUACGGCAUGGCCAGUGUGCAAGAACCUGGCUCAAACCCCUCAUAUCCUGUGAGAGAGUCCAGCCGACGAGACCCCCAUCGCUUCAACAACUCAAGCCGACCAGUAUCGGGUUUAAUGUCUGGGGGCAGCCCAUUGCCUCCCCGAAGGAGCUCAAGAGGUAUGGGAGUUGGCUAUGCAUCUGGUCCUGGCGGGCCACAGCAGAACCAGCCUUACGCAGGUGACGCGCCGGUCCCAAAUAGCAGAGAGGACUGGCAGGACCGUGGAGCGGCCGUCGGGGUCCGCAGAGAGGUUGAUGCAAAUGGACGUACCGUUGUCCGCCAGGUCAAAAAGGGCGUCCGCGACUUUUCCUUCGGGCGAGUUCUUGGCGAGGGCUCCUAUAGUACAGUCUACAUGGCGACAGAUCGCCAAACUCUCAAAGAAUACGCCGUGAAGGUACUCGAAAAGAGACAUAUCAUCAAGGAGAAGAAGAUCAAAUAUGUCAACAUCGAGAAGAACACACUAAACCGACUUACUGAGCACCCCGGAAUUGUCCGGCUAUACUAUACAUUUCAGGACGAGACAUCGCUCUACUACGUCCUUGAUUUGUGCAAUGGCGGAGAGCUCUUGGGUGUCUUGAAGAAGACAGGCACCUUCGAUGUUGAAUGUACCAGGUUCUAUGGUGCACAAAUUCUCGACGCCAUUGACUACAUGCAUUCUCGGGGUGUCAUCCACCGAGAUCUGAAACCCGAAAACGUUUUGUUGGACGACCAGAUGCACGUCAAAAUUACCGACUUUGGAACUGCUAAACUGCUCAAAGAUCCACGCGAAGACCCUUCAGCCGCAUCAGCCAGCGGUGCGCCGGAUCCUGGAAAAGACGAUGACAGUCGUGCAGCAUCAUUUGUCGGUACCGCUGAAUAUGUGAGCCCCGAGCUUCUCACACACAAGAACGCCUGUAAGGCUAGCGACCUGUGGGCUUUCGGCUGUAUUGUGUACCAGCUUUUGGCUGGCCGACCUCCUUUCAAGGGAGGCAGUGAGUAUCUCACAUUUCAGAAGAUUGUAAAUCUCGAAUACGAAUUCCCGCCUGGCUUUCCACCAGCAGCCAGAGACCUUGUGGAGCGGUGCUUGGUCCUCGAACCAGCCAGACGUCUCACGGUCGAGCACAUUAAAAACCACGAAUUCUUCGAUGGACAUCCAUUCGGAAAAGGACUCUGGAGGACCAAGGCACCCCGUCUCCGCCCAUAUAUACCACCCCCCCAAGAACCUCAAGUUAUUCAGCUCAACGGCUUUUCCACCGCGUCUAACACCAGGCCUCAACAGCAAUCCCAAGCCACUCCAUCCAAUGGGAAUAAUCGACCAUCGAGGAUAAUAACGGAACUUCCCCCCCCGACACAGCUUGACAUUGAAUGGUCGCCCGUUUUGACUAAGAAUAACGAGCGCAUCCUCAAGUUGGGCGAUCUCAUGGUGGUCUCGACGCCUUUACCUUCAAGUCCUCACGGAAAGGAACCAGGAGAAGGACAUAAGAAGUUGUCUCGUUUCUUUAUCGGCAGCACUACUAAGAAGCGUCAGCGCCUGGUAAUGAUCACAUCUAGCGGCCGAAUUGUCCUUGCUCCGGCUGGUGGAGAGGAGAAAAGAGCGAAGCAGGAGCUGUCUCUGCUUGGCUCAGAUUGCACCUGGAAGACCCAAGUGGACGCAAAGGGUCAAACGGUGUGGUGUGUCAACACAGGCGGCCACCACUACACAUUUGAAGAGGCCAAGUCCUCAUCCACACCCCAAGAAGGUGGCUCCGCUGCCGCUGACUGGGUUGAAUGUCUCGAGAGGGCAAGGGACAUGGCAUUGUCUCAGAACAUGACCACCUCUUAUGGUGGUGAUAGCGGAUUCGCCGACAUGGCGUCUCAAGUUUCAAGUCCAUCAAGUAAGGUGCUGACUGGCGGCUACCGUUUUCUCGCGACGCAGCAAUGCGAUGCGACGCGACACGAUCAACCUGUAAUCCCACCAGCCGACGCCUACCGAACCCCAACACAAGACUUUGUUUUUCUCGGUAAAAUGCAGCCUCAAUAUCGCGCUUAUGCGCAGCAGGUUCCGCAACGCUCGCCUCAUGCGACAAACCAGCGACGUGGUGGAAUUGGACCCAUGAUGUCCUCAGGGCCUCACCCUUCGGUUCCCCUCACCCAGGCACAGAUUGCUCAGCAACAACAGGUUCAGGCUCACGCCAGUGAGCUAGCUAAGCGACGUAGUCGAAAGCCUACAGAUAAAAACAUUCCCGAUGGAGUUGAGGACAGCAUUAUUGAUCCAGACGGUGUUCAACGGUACAAAGAACUGCGAGAUGUCGAGCGUCGACUUGAUGCUACUAUCACACGAAAGCGUCUAGACAUUGUCGACUAUACCAGCCGUGGAUCCAAGAGAUACAAAACCUUGCGAGUUUGGAUCACCAACACGGUCGAGGAUCAAAUCUGGCAGAGCAAUGGGCUGAACUCUGAUUCGUUUGACUUUACCCCUAGCAUGGAGGCUUCGUACCGAGUCAAGAUUGAAGGUCGUCUACUCGACGAUGAAGACGAGGAGACCGAGCAGCCCAAAGGACAGGAAUCAACCACAGAAGAAGGAAAGGAGACAGACGAUUCAGCACAGAAAUCCAAAGCACAAGAGAAACCCCGAUUCUCGCACUUCUUUAAGUCUUUGACAGUCGAGUUCGACCGAUCUCGCUUCCGAACCGGCGCCGAACAGACAGUGGAAUGGAAGAAGCCAGAUGCUCCGGCCCGGAAUCAACCCGCUGCCAACCUUCCAGCAGCAGCAGAUUUCGAUGAAUUCACCUUCAAGAGAAAUGGAGACGAAAACCAAAACAUCACCAUCAACCUGUUCCGUCAGGAGACACCCGAGAGAUACCAACUGACCCCCGAGCUUGCCGAAGUGGUCGAUAUGAAAGAUGCUACCCAUCAAGAGGCCGUCAUGGCUCUCUGGGAGUACAUCAAGUUACUUGGGCUACAGGAAGAUGAGGAGAAGCGCAAUUUCCGGUGCAAUGAGCCUCUCAAGAAGGUUAUAAGGCAAGGCGACAUCGGACACAUCCCUUUGCUCAACGAGUAUGUCCAGCAACACCUGCGACCUCUGGAGCCAAUUCGCUUGCCAUACACCAUCCGAGUUGACCAGGAGUUUCACAAGGAUCCCCAGCCUACCAUCUACGACAUCCAGGUUCCCGUCGACGAUCCCCUACGUGAUACUCUUUUGCCUAUGCUCAACAACCCGCAGUACAUUGCAAUGCUCAAGGACGUGACGGGGCUUGACGACCAGCUCGCCAAGGUGGUUCAAGCGAUCGCCGUGUCGAAGGCCAAGCAUUCCUUCUUCCAGUCUCUUGGCAAGGAUCCUACCAACUUUAUCAAGAACUGGCUAAGUUCUCAGAAGAGAGACCUCGAGGUCAUUAUGGGAGAAGCGCCCAGAGGAGGCGGAGAGCAUGCAUCGGGUGACGAGUGGCGCCGUGGUGGAAAAGAUAGCGUCUGGGCUACUCAAAACGCGCGAGAGAGUGUCAACGUAUUGCUCUCAAAGCAGCAACGAUGA